UUUGACAAAGCGAGAGUUUGUACGAUAUCAGUAGUAAUGAUGGCGGGGGAAUACGAAAAACUUCAAGUGUUAGGCUCAGGAACGUUUGGUACGGCAUGGCUAGCAAAUAUAAAAUCUAGUCGUAAGAAAUGUGUUUUAAAAGAGAUCAAAGUGAGUGAUAUGACUAAGAAAGGUAUAGAUCAAGCUAUAAUUGAAGUGACAGUAUUGGCCAGAUGUCGACAUGAGAAUAUCAUACGAUAUUUGGGAGCCUUCAUUGAUGAUGGUUGUUUAUUUAUAGCAAUGGAAUAUGCUGAAUCGGGAGAUCUGAGUAAAAAAAUAGACGACCAAAAAGGCACGCAUUUUAAAGAAGAUCUAAUAUUAACAUGGUUUGUUCAGAUUAACAUGGCCUUGGCGUAUAUCCAUUCCCAAAAUAUACUUCACAGAGAUUUAAAACCACAGAAUAUAUUUGUGACAAAAGGUGAUGUAUUGAAGCUAGGAGAUUUUGGUAUCGCCAGGCUAUUAAAUGAUAAAUCCGAUUUUGCGAUGACAGUUAUUGGUACUCCAUACUAUCUGAGUCCAGAAAUCUGUCAAAACCAGCCAUAUAAUCACAAGAGUGAUAUAUGGGCGUUAGGUUGUAUUCUGUAUGAGUUGUGUUGUUUACGGGUUCCAUUUCGUGCUGCGGAUUUUACGUCACAGGUGAUGACCAUACUUUCUGGUAGUUUUGAACCCAUUCCACGGCAUUAUGGGCCAUUGUUAGAAGACUUAGUGUCAGUAUUAUUGAGGACACAUGCAGACAGUCGUCCAACAGCGGAACAGAUUCUAUCAAUACCAGCCAUACAGAUUUAUGUUCUACAGUAUACCCAAAAUCUUCAACGUCUUAUUAUGGAGAGGAAAUAUCAGGUGUCCACACCAAAUCCCAGUGAAGCAUCCAGGAAAAUACCCGUAGAGAAAAAUGAAGACAUCGAAAAGAAACGACCAAAUGAAUCGCCAGCUGAAAUCAACAAUAAUGAUAGUGACGCUGUUGAUAAUGAACAGUUGAAGGAGGUUGCUGAUAAAAAUAAAGUUCAGUUAGACAAAAAUCAGAAUAUAAUAGAUACUGAUGCAAAUGGUAGUCAUAACAAGACGAUGGCUGAUGAAGAAGAACUAAAAGCCUGCUGCACACCUGUUUGUCAAAAAAAUUACAACACAUCAACUGAUACAACACCAGAGAACUGCUCAGAUUCCGCAACAUGUUACUGUGUGACUAAUCCUAAGAAGAUUCGAUUGAUGACCAUAUCGCCACAUAUGAAGGAUAUUGUUAAGAAACAAAGGGCGGCCUUCUCCUGUGAACCUGGGAUGAAACUAAAUGUCGGCAACCAGGACCCAGGACCGCCUCCGGUUAUGACGUUAUUCCCGAAACCAAAGGUGCCGCAAGUCAAAGCUCAGCAAGCGCAAAAGGUUACUCAGACAAACCCUGCUUCAAUGGCACAUGAACUAAUGGCGAGGAAGAACUUAAUACGUUCAAAAUCUUUAUCUGGAAUUUCUGCUAACAUCAGAUCUAAGUCUAUACAGGAUCAGAAUUCUAGAAAUAGAUCUAAUAUGAAAAUCACUGGUUCUGUGGAAGAUUUAAGAAAUAUAUCUAAUGAUAAAAGCUGGAAGCGCACUAAUAAUGACACGCCAGUACCAAGACGCCGAGAUAGUAGAGAGAGGAUGCACAUAAUUAGUAACAUGAAUAUCAACAAGAAUCCCCUGAACCCUCUAUCUGGUAAUCAAAAUGAUUCAGGGUGCUCGGAUGAAGUUUUUAGUCCUGGUCAGUCAGAAGGAGAUAGUUCACAACCUACCACCAGAAGCAGUGAAUCAAGUGAUAUAGAUUCUACAACAUUCCGGGUUCCACUUGAUCGACCUCGCCUGUCUGUACCCGAUAUUGACAGGAGACAUGAAUGUCAGCUGAAUGAUGAGAAUAAUCGAGUGUUGUACCAAGCGUUGUUACAGGGUAUGAAGAGUUCGAGUGCCGCUUUGUCCACACUUAAUACGUACUUACAACGGAAACUGGGCGUGGAACAUUUUCAGCAGCUAUAUACCACUCUACAAGAAGCUACUAAAACCAAAAUAGACUACGAUGCCCUGAAAUUAAGAAUGAAGAAGAGCGCCCUUUAUCUUCCCCUGUUUGUUGAGAUUCUACGAAUGGAGAAUAAACCUGUGAAUUAACUUUAAUUAAUAAACGAAAAUUAUAGUAUGAUUUGGCACCAAGUGUGAAUUAACGUUAAUUAAUAAACGGACAUUACAGCAUUUUGCCUCACCUUAAUGUGAAUUAACGUUAAAUAAUAAACAAACAAGCAGCAUGAUGUCUCGGCAAAUAUGAAUUGACUUUAAUAAACGAACAUGACAGCAUGGUGUCUCACCAAAUCUAAUAUUAAUUAAUUAAUAAACGAAUAAUAUAGCAUGAUGUCUCACCAAAUGUGAAUAGCUUUAAUUAAGGAACAUAAAAGGAUGGUGUCUCAAUUAAUAAACGAACAUUACAUUAUACGAGAUGAAAACAUAUAUAAUACGUAUAGAUUGAUUGGUUUGGCAUUGCUUCCAUUAUUAGGGACGUGUGUCUUAAUUUACAAUAACCGAAAAAGUUGAAAAAAGAUACGGAACGAAUUAUUAUAUGAAUUAAGAUUAGAUGAGUGGGCGAUGUUUGUGACUGGAUUUAGAUCAUGUAACUAGAUAUUUAUGAUAUCUGCCACGUGCAAGAUAGUGUUAAAUGUAGAACGCGAUGAAACUUUAAAUUUUGUUAUUAUUACCUUAUCAUGAUUGUGCUAUCUAUUUGAGAAUCUAUGACUAAUAAAUAAUAUCAUUGGUGCUAAAAACAAUUCUCCCAAAUAAGACAUGAGGAUUAUUGAUAAUGUAGCUGUCUCAUUGUUUAUAUACAUAGAAUUCGAUCUCAAAAUAAUAUACACAUAAACGUAUUUCAAAAUCAUAGUCACUAUCUUCUUACAGUACCUCUAGAUUUGAAAUAAUAUAUUAAUUAGUCAAGGCCAAACGCACUUAUGGUGUAGAAUGCAAUGAAUUCGCUUCAUUAAUAUUAUUUUCAA